UGCUUGGGUUUGAGAGAGGGAUCCUUGCUGGUUUUAGCCACCUCAGUCUCAGGGACUCUCCUUGACCAGAGCUGGGCUCAGCCGGAAGUGAAGUUGCAGGUAACACCGGAAGAAGAUCAGCAUGUGACGGCUGUGAGGGGGUCCGGGGAUUUGCGGUUUCAUUUUCUUCUGUUUUCAAUUGAAAACAUAAAGAAAAAUACCUCCCAGAAGAGCCGUCGUUAUCAGAGCGAGAGGUUGAAAGAGCCCACCGGUUGUUCGGUCGGUCGUCGGUAAGGCGCGGGGCCUAGUGCCUGCCGAGGCCUCGGGCUCGGCCCCUGCCACGAGUGAUGGGGGAAAGAGGCGGAUGGCGGGGCUUUGAGUUGCGCCGGAGCCGCUGGGCCGGAUCCUGAGGCCUCGAGUAAGGACUAACAAUGCCGGGGAAGCUGAAAGUCAGAAUUGUGGCUGGCCGUCACUUGCCAGUUAUGGACAGGGCCAGUGACCUAACGGAUGCUUUUGUAGAGGUAAAAUUUGGUAAUACAACAUUUAAGACUGAUGUGUUCCCUAAAUCACUCAACCCCCAGUGGAAUUCAGAAUGGUUUAAGUUUGAGGUCGAUGAUGAAGACUUGCAAGAUGAGCCACUACAGAUCACAGUUCUGGAUCAUGAUACCUACAGUGCUAAUGAUGCUAUCGGAAAAGUAUACAUUGAUAUUGACCCGUUAUUAUCAAAUGAAGCUGCAGCCAUUCUAUCUGGCUGGUUUCCAAUCUAUGAUACUAUUCAUGGUAUCCGAGGUGAAAUUAACGUUAUGGUGAAAGUGGAUCUUUUCAAUGAUUUGAACCGCUUCAGACAAUCAUCGUGUGGGGUCAAGUUCUUCUGCACUACGUCCAUUCCUAAAUGCUAUAAAGCAGUAACAAUCCAUGGGUUUGUUGAAGAAUUGGUAGUGAAUGAGGAUCCAGAAUAUCAGUGGAUUGAUAGGAUACGCACACCCAGGGCUUCGAAUGAAGCCAGACAGAGGCUAAUAUCACUGAUGUCAGGAGAACUCCAACGAAAAAUUGGCCUAAAGGUACUUGAGAUGGGAGGCAAUGCCGUAGUGGGCUACCUGCAGUGUUUUGACUUGGAAGGUGAAUCUGGUUUGGUUGUACGUGCUAUUGGGACUGCAUGUACACUCGAUAAACUGAGUAAUACAGCGACAUCACUCCUACCUCCAUGUAGUUCCCCAUCUAAAGACCUGAAAGAGGUUCCCUUCAGUGAAGAUCCCAACCCUGUUACUCAUUCAUCUGGACCCUCCACCCCACUGAAAAAUCAAACCUAUUCCUUUUCACCUUCCAAGUCCUACAGUCGACAGUCCUCCUCUUCUGACACAGAUUUGAGUUUGACACCUAAAACUGCAGCACCUUCCCAUGAGGGGCCUAGGAUUUUCUUCUUUCCCAGUUCCCCUCCUCUCUCUUCCGGUUCCCCAUUUCAUAAAAGUACACAUCUCCUUCGCUUGGAGGCUCUGCACAGCCUUACUCCUCCUCAUUCUGGCUAUGCGAGUCCAGUCUGUCUGAGGAAAACUGUGUCUUUCAAUGAAGAGUUGCUUCUAACUGCCUCUGGUAUGGGAAGUGGGAGUGGUGGGAAAGAUGGAGGUCCAUUGAAAACACUCUAUCGACAGCAAACUCAGUCUGCUUUUGAACACAGGGAGUUCCCCUUCUUCACCCUUACAACUUUCCCACCUGGGUUUCUUGUUCACGUUGGAGGCGUAGUGAGUGCAAGAUCUGUGAAGUUAUUGGACCGAAUUCAUAAUCCUGCCUUUGUCGGAAUUAUGGGUAACACAAGAUCUUACAAACUGCUAGACUGGAAUAGUUUCAAUGCAGAUGAACCUGAAACUCGUGAUGCUUGGUGGGCGGAAAUCCGACAGGAAAUCAAGUCACAUGGCAAAGCUCUUGGAUGCCAUGCAGUGGUUGGAUACAGUGAAUCAACCAGCAUCUGUGAGGAAGUCUGUAUCUUGUCUGCUUCAGGCACUGCGGCUGUACUGAACCCAAAGAUGCUUCAAGACUGCAGUAUGGAAGGCUGCAGUGAACACAGGUUGUCAAGGCAGCCUAGCUUCUUUUCCACAGGGUCAGAGAAGGGAGAGUUUGAUUUUUUUCUUCAGUGCCAGGAUAGUGCUUCUAUAUUAGGGUUGGAUGACACGUCGUCCCAGGGCUGCAGUUUCUGUCACAUUCCUUAUGAUGAGUUAAAUAUGCCUUUCCCUGCACAUCUCACAUAUUGUUAUGUUUGUCGGAAGCAGAAAGUUCCUGAUGUUCUCUUCACCACAAUUGAACCUCCCUUAGAAGCGGCAGUAACUGGAAAAGGCUGCUUAAUUCAGGCUAGGCUGUGUCGUCAAAAGAAGAAAACUCAGGGUGAGGCCAAUGCCACAGCAAUAAGCAAUCUGCUACCUUUUAUGGAGUAUGAGCUUCACACUCAGCUGAUGAAUAAACUUAAACUAAGAGGAAUGAAUGCACUGUUUGGCCUAAGGAUUCAGAUUACAGUUGGCGAAAAUAUGUUGAUGGGUCUUGCUUCUGCAACUGGUGUAUAUUUGACUGCGUUGCCCUCUCCAGGUGGUAUACAGAUUGCAGGGAAGACUCCCAGUGACUCUUCUUAUGAACAGCAUAUUUCAAAUAUGCAGAAAAAGAUUAAUGAUAUGAUCAUAAAGAACAGGGAAAUCUAUGAGAUAAAUCCUCCAGAGAUCCUAGAGGAGCUGUUUGGAUCCCCAAUCCCAGAAUCAAGGCAGCGUUCCAGGCUCUUUAGGUCCCAGUCAGAAAGUUCAGAUGAUGUUUCAGAACUGGAUCUUUCACAUGGAAAAAAGGAUGCCUUUGUAUUAGAGAUUGAUGAUGCUGAUGCUGUUGAAGACAUUCACUCAUUGUUGACAGAUACUCCCACACCGGCCGGCUUUUACAGUUGCAAUACAGAAACUAUGCCUGGGAUCAACAAUUGGACAUCUGAUUUACAGAUGUUCACGUCAGUGAGAGUGUUCCGAUUAAACAAUGUUACUAGUCUCACAUCGCACGGACUUAAUAAAGCUUUUAGUGAUCUUUGUGAAAAUCUGCUGAAGACCCUAUAUUUUAAGCUACGAUCCAUGGUACCUUGCUGUCUUUGUCACGUGAAUUUCAAUGUUGCAUUACCAGAAGAUGAGUUAAUCCAGGUUGCAGUUACAGCUGUUGCAAUAACAUAUGACAAGGACCAAGCCCAAUGCAUUGCUAAGACUUGUACAGACAGGACCCUCCUGAAAGCUUCAACAGAGAAUGAAGACCAACUCCAGUUUACUUUGGAACUCUGUAUGGAAUCACAGUCUAGUCAGCCUGCUGUACACUUUUCCCCGAGUAAAGUUACAGAAAGUGGCAACUUGCAGCAAGUCACCCCAGCAUCACAAAGAGUUGCUUCACUUGACAAAGCAAGCCCACUGGCUGAAGCUCAUACACGUCAUCGCUCACCAAUAUCAUGCACAACCUCCACAGUUACUGUAGUGGAAAUGACCCCUCUCUCCUUCAUUCCUGGUGCAAAAAUAACCAAAUAUCUCGGAAUCAUCAACAUGUUCUUCAUUCGGGAAACCACAUCUCUGCGUGAGGAAGGCGGAGUUAGUGGAUUUCUUCAUGCAUUCAUUGCUGAAGUGUUUGCUAUGGUGCGGGCCCAUGUUGCUGCCUUGGGAGGGAAUGCAGUUGUGUCUUAUAUCAUGAAGCAGUGUGUGUUCAUGGAAAAUCCCAACAAAAAUCAGGCACAGUGCCUUAUCAACGUAAGUGGUGAUGCCGUGAACUUCUUUAAAGAUGCUGAUGUGGAGUCAGCAUCUUCUCAGCCUCAAACAAGUGGCUUACAGAUAGGGAAUGGCAGUGGAGACGUUGUCACAUGAAAUUGGUACAGAUGAAUUCCUGCUGUUGCUGCCUGGGUUUUUGGAACAGGUCGAAGACCAUUUAUCUACAUUUCCAACCUCAUUGGCCAUUAUUCUCUGUAUAGAUAUGUGUAUAUCUGCCUUACUGUGUUACACAGUAUGUGAUGACCUGUAUUGUCCUCGAUCUGUAGACUUGAAGUCCUGGGUAAAUAGUGGUCAUCUCGUCUCAUAAUCCAUUGCCGAGAAGUUUAAUUUUAUUGACCCUGUAUCAUCUGGAUCUUCAGAUGAGAAGCGAAUGUUUGCUCUAAAUGUGGAGAUUAUAUAGAAAAUAUUGUUAAGAAUUGGCAACAUUUAUAUUGUAGAACAUUUUUCAGUAAGUUUGAGUUAAUACUUAGCACCAAGACCAAAUGGAAGGGUAUUAAAUGGUACUGAACUGUAUUUUAAGCCAAUGCUGUACCUGUAAAACUGGAUGUUUAUCUGUUAAUCCUGCUGUUUGUAAUGACAAAUGCAGCCUUCAAUGAAAGCUUGAAGUGCCAUUAUCAAAAUGUUAUAUCAGCAUAGAACUUCAGUGCCAGCCUGAGAGACAAAUGAUGAAACUCUAUGUACAUCUUUCUUUGAUGUUCUAAUGUAAUAAGCUGCAAAAAUGUAAGCUUUCAUUUAGUAAGGAAAAUAUACAGGCUAGCUGGAUUCACAAAGAUUGUUAAAAUUAGAAAAUGUUGAAAGGUUUAGGAACACACUACCUAAUCAAAUUUGAAGUUACCACACCCAGCAAAUGGCACUGUAUAUUUCUGCAUAUCGAAAAAUGGUAUUUUUAUAAUUGACAGGAUGGAGCUUUAGGAGGACGAAAGCUUUUAAAAAGCUUCUCAUUCUGUGACUUGUAAUAUUGCAGAACCAGAAUGAUACAGGAGGCAUUCGAUUGUGGGAUUUUUUUUUGGGAAUUCAGUGCAUAAUUGAAGACUUGAAUGUACAGAACACUUAAUUUGUAAAAAGGUUUCAACAAUUCACUUGCUUUGCACACUUCAGUGCAUGAAAAUAAAAUUCUCUGCUGUAGUUUUGUGGAUUGUAACAAGGAUACAUUAGCAUGAAAGAAAAUAGUCCCUUGAAUUCUGCUGGGAAAUAAGUAUUUUGUGAAUAUUUAUAAAUUGCUUUUUUUAAACCAAUACAA